UUAUUACCCGGAAAACUUUAGAAGACUCAAAAAAUCUUAAAAAAACGGCUGAAGAGUUUACAAAUAACGUUAAAUCUGUUAUCAACGACCUUGGUCUGGAAAAUGUUUACAAUUCGGAUCAAAGUGGAUUUCAAUUUGAAAUGCAUUCUGGUCGCACUCUUGCAAACCAAGGAUCAAAAGAAAUUGAAUGCGUUGUUCAAUCAAUAUCUUCAACAACUCAUUCUUAUACGAUUCAACCAACGAUAUCCGCCGAUGGAAAAUUACUUUCACCGUUAUAUCUUGUAUUAAAAGAAAUCGGUGGUGACUUUGGCCCACGCGUAGAAAAAACGUUAUUCAAACCCACAAACGUUUUUGUUUCGGCAUCGAAAUCUGGAAAGUUAACAUCAGAUCAUUUCAAACAGUGGCUGACCGAAAUCUAUUUUCCGAAUGUUGGCGACAACAGUGCGCUUUUAAUCGACUCCUGGAGUGGACACUGUUCAGAAGUAGUUGAUGCAGUAACUCCUCCUAACAAAAAAAUUGUACUAAAAAUUAUUCCAAAAGGAACAACAGGACAAAUACAACCAUUAGAUGUGUUUGGUUUUCGAAUAUGGAAAAAUUUUGUUCGGCAUUUUUCAGAUAUAGUAAUUCUUUCCGGUAGCGAUAUAAAUCUGCAUUUGAGGAAUAACAUAAUCAAACUGCAGUCACUUGUUCACAAUCAACUGUCUUCCCCACGUUAUAUUAAUAUGCUUAAAUAUGCAUGGUACAAAAGUGGGUACAUAGAAAAAACACCCCCUGAGUUCAUCAAUCCGGUGACGUUUGGUUUUGGAGAUAAUUCGGAACCACGAUGUCACAUUUGUGGUGAUUUAGCUGUUAUAACAUGUUCGUGGUGCAAAAAACCUUUGUGUCUCAAACACUUCUUUGAGGAGUAUCAUUAUUGCAAUGAAUACAUUCCAUAAUACGAAAUGAAGAAACUGAUAAGUGCAUUGCCUGCUUUUUUCCUGUCAUGAGUACUAGACAUUUUAAUAGCUAUAUAAUAUAUGAAUUAAAGGAUUCUAGAAAAUAAAAAACCGACAUGCAUAUUAAAUAAAGUUUUAUAUAAAAUGAAAGAAAAUCAUGUGAUACUUAUUCGCUUGUACUAAAAUGGAUGCACAAAACUAAACUAGAUGUAAAAGAUUUAUGAGUAUUUUACGAUAAGGGUGGAACAGCAUAUCUGGAUUUACUAAACCUAUAUAUGAAUAUAAACAUAUUCCGUUUGACGGAUUUGUCAACCUUGUUUAAUUUUCAGGCAAAAUAAGAACUUUUUCAGUGAUCAAAUGACGAAAAAUGUAUUAAUAAACACGUUUUU